AUGGGCUGCGCGGUGAGCACCACCGGCGAGAAAGAGGCUGCGGAGAGAUCGAAAAAGAUCGACAAAGAUCUCCGAGCCGAUGGCGAGCGGGCCGCCAGUGAGGUCAAGCUCCUGCUGCUCGGAGCUGGAGAAUCUGGGAAAUCCACUAUAGUGAAACAGAUGAAAAUAAUCCACGAAACUGGCUAUAGUAAAGAGGAAUGCGAACAAUAUAAGCCUGUAGUAUGCAGUAACACAGUUCAGAGCCUUAUGACAAUAAUUAGAGCUAUGGGACAACUUAGAAUUGACUUUGCAGAUCCAAAUAAAGCAGAUAUAGCACGCCAAUUUUUUACUCUAGCUUCAGCAGCAGAGGAGGGUGAGCUAACUGGGGAAUUGGCAUUAUUAAUGAAACGAUUAUGGCAGGACGCCGGUGUACAGCUCUGUUUCACACGUAGUAGGGAAUACCAGCUCAAUGAUUCGGCAGCGUACUACCUUAAUGCUUUAGAUCGCAUAGCGCAACCUAAUUACAUUCCGACUCAGCAGGAUGUACUCAGAACACGUGUGAAAACGACGGGAAUAGUAGAAACACAUUUUUCAUUUAAGAGUUUACACUUCAAAAUGUUCGACGUGGGUGGUCAAAGAUCAGAAAGAAAAAAGUGGAUACACUGUUUCGAAGGAGUCACCGCCAUAAUAUUUUGCGUCGCGUUAAGCGGCUACGACCUGGUUCUCGCGGAGGAUGAAGAAAUGAACAGAAUGAUAGAGUCGAUGAAGUUGUUUGAUUCCAUUUGUAAUAGUAAGUGGUUCGUCGAGACGUCGAUCAUUUUAUUUUUGAAUAAGAAGGAUCUUUUCGAAGAGAAGAUCACUAGGAGCCCGUUAACUAUUUGUUUCCCUGAAUACAAGGGCGCUAAUACGUACGAGGAGUGUGCGUCUUACAUUCAAAUGAAAUUCGAAAAUUUAAACAAAAGAAAGGAUCAGAAACAGAUUUACACGCAUUUCACAUGUGCCACUGAUACAUCCAACAUACAAUUUGUAUUUGAUGCUGUAACUGAUGUUAUAAUCAAAAACAAUUUGAGUAACUGUGGUUUGCUGAGUUAAACUUUCAAACGCUCUAUCGAAUUACGGAGUAGAUCAUCAAAGGUGUAUAAAUCUGUGUGAACACACAAAGAGUACAUGUGAGACUGAAAAAAGAAAUGUUAGGAACAAAAUUGUAUUAAGUAUACUAAUAUGUAUACCAAUUAUGCAAUGUCUUCUUUGACGUACUAUCAAUUUUCACAAUGUCGUAUCGUGGAAUAGUGUGUAUUAUUUUCAACUUUUAGACAUACUCUCUUUCAUGUACAAAUUUUUAAUUGAAACAACCGAGAAUGUGAAACGCAAAUUUUUUAUAAUAGACACUGUUUAUGAACGAACAAAUAAUUGGUUUCUGCUAACUGUAUUUAGUAUAUUAAUCAGAAACUAGUUAGCUAUUAAUUUAGUGAUAUCUUUUUGUAUAUAAUUUAUGGACUAAAAAAAGUAUGUUUAUACCGAGUGGAACCAUAUUCAAUCAGUGCUUGCGAAACCAUUCAUUCCUCUUAUUAUAAAUGUAUAAAUGACGAACACAAAUUCUCUGUUUACAAUAUAUAUAUUUAUACAAGUUAAAUUUUUGAUGAAACAAAUUUUGUAAAACUUUAUACUUAUUACUGAAUAACGUUUAGGGAGCUAUCAUUCUCGCUCUAUUUGCCAAACAAAUGACAAUGACUAGACCUAGUUACAAAUUUAGGCGACCAUCUUAUAUCGCUGAUAUAAAUAAAAGAAGAUUUUAAAUAA